AUGAGCAGAAUCCGACCCCUCCAAGGUGCCUGCAACUGCGGCCGCAAUCACUAUUAUAUCGCCGCUCCUCCAGAUGCUACGGAACAAGCGCUUAUCUACUUUGAUGACAGUAGCCAAAGUCGACGAAGUCAAGCAACCCCACUGACGGCGUGGCUCCGUGUUCCGUUGUCGUGGUACUCUUCAAGCACACAAUCCUUCUUUCCAGAUGAAACCCAUGCCUCCAUCCGCAAAAUCUUCACGCCGUUGCACACGCCGCACUCUCAGAGGGUGUUCUGCGGCUAUUGUGGUACGCAUCUGUCCUACUGGACUGAGCAACCUCCACAAGAAGCAGAGUACAUGAACAUCACGUUGGGCAGCCUCUUGAGCGAGGAUCUGCGCGCACUUCAGGAUUUAAACUUGUUGCCCGAGGAUGUAGAAGCAGAAGGGUCAGCAGAUAAUGCCCAACCAUUCACAAUGUCUGGGGCGCUGCAGCAUGGCAAUGAGACUGCUGCCACAGAUCCUGCUACGCGGCAAGAAAUCCAGUCACCGACUCGGACACAACGAAGCGGUCGAACAGGGGGGCUGACGUGGUUCGAAGAGAUGCUGGAGGGAAGCCGUCUAGGCCGAUCGCAAAAUAGAAGGCGGGGAGUUGGAAUCAGUAACGACGGACUGACCCGGGUGGAAUGGGAAGUGUCUGAAUUCUUUGACGAUGGCAGUGAGGAGUCCAUUCAGAUGGCCACGGGCUCGAAGCGGAAAAUUGGGGACGUGGGCAAAGAAGAGGACACCGCUAUGCAGCAUUGA